AGCGGGCGGGGUUGGUAUAUAAGGCGCGGAGGUUGAGCUCAGGUUCGGUUCUGGGCGUUAGCAUCGUCCGCUCGUGAGGUCCCCCCGGAUCCCCCAGAUUUGGAGUCUACUCUUAAGUCAUCAUGAGCUUUUUCCAACUCCUGAUGAAAAAGAAGGAACUUAUUCCUUUGGUGUUUUUCAUGGCCGUGGCAGCGACUGGAGCUUCAGCAUUUGCUGUGUAUUCCCUUCGAAAAACCGACGUGAUCCUUGAUCGAAAAAGAAAUCCAGAACCUUGGGAAACUGUGGAUCCUACUGUCCCUACAAAGCUUGUAACAAUCAACCAAGAGUGGAAGCCCAUUGAAGAGUUGCAAAAGGUCCGAAGGGCAACCAGGUGACCAGUCCUCGCCUUUUUCUUCCAAAGAGCACUCUAUGAAUCUAGUGGAAACACUUCUGCACAGACUAGAUUAUGGAUACCAGUGUGCGGAAAUGCUUCUGCUACAUUUUUAGGGCCUGCCUACAUUUUUGGACUCUGGAUAAAGAAUUAUAAAGGUAGCACAGCAUAACCACAUAGUCCCAAAAUAAGAUUCUGUGUUGUUUUGUGUAUUGAAAUUUUUGUGUUUAUAAUGCCUAAAUGUUUUCCUAUAAAGAUUUGUUAAAUUUGAUUGUCUCUAAUAAAAUACCAUUUGUGUAAGA